CGCGGCCCCGCCCCCUGACCAAUGGCGGCCGAGAGCGGCUUCCCGGAGACCCGGCGGCGGUAUUGAUGUUGCUGCCCAUUCCUCAUCAUGCUGUGUAAAAUGGGCCUGAUCAAUCACUUCAGAGCUGCCACAUUCAACUCAACCUUGUCUAAAGCAGGCUUGUGGCCAACUAAAUGCUGGCCAACUUAUGGAUCAGCAUCCUAUAAACCACUUGCCCGCCACUGGAGCAAUGUUCCAUUUCUCACUAUUCCGCUAAGGCGCACUCCAGGGAAACCAUUUGCCCAUCGCAGUGAGCUGAAGCAGGCCAAGCGCGUUGUGGUAAAGCUUGGCAGUGCGGUGGUGACCCGAGGUGACGAGUGCGGCCUCGCUCUUGGGCGGCUUGCUUCCAUUGUUGAGCAGGUAUCUGUCCUGCAGAACCAAGGUCGGGAGAUGAUGAUUGUGACGAGUGGAGCCGUGGCUUUUGGCAAGCAACGCCUUCGACAUGAAAUCUUGCUUUCACAGAGUGUGCGACAGGCGCUGCACUCAGGACAGAACCAGCUGAAAGACAUGACAGUUCCUGUGCUGGAAGCUCGUGCCUGUGCUGCGGCUGGACAGAGUGGCUUGAUGGCUCUGUACGAGGCAAUGUUCACACAGUACAGUAUUUGUGCUGCUCAGAUUCUUGUAACAAACUUAGAUUUCCAUGAUGAGCAAAAACGACGGAACUUGAGCAGCACACUUCAUGAGCUUCUCCGAAUGAACAUCGUUCCAAUAAUCAAUACCAAUGAUGCUGUGGUUCCACCUCCUGAACCAAACAGUGACCUGCAAGGGCAGGUGAUUAGUGUCAAGGACAAUGAUAGUCUGGCAGCAAGACUUGCAGUGGAGAUGAGGGCAGACAUGCUGAUUAUCCUAUCUGAUGUGGAAGGGCUUUUUGAUAGUCCGCCUGGAUUGGACGAUGCUAAACUUAUCGAUACCUUUUACCCUGGAGACCAGCAGUCUAUCACCUUUGGCACAAAAUCCAGAGUGGGCCUUGGAGGCAUGGAAGCUAAGGUGAAAGCAGCACUUUGGGCUCUCCAAGGAGGGACUUCUGUGGUCAUAGCAAGUGGGACCCACCCAAAGGUGACUGGUCACGUAAUCACUGACAUUGUAGAGGGCAAAAAAGUUGGAACUUUUUUCUCGGAAGUCAAACCCGCAGGCCCCACCAUUGAACAACAGGCAGAGAUGGCACGGACUGAUGGACGGAUCAUGGCUUCUCUACAGCCAGACCAGAGGGCUAAUAUCAUCCACCGGCUGGCUGACCUCCUGACAGACAAUCGAGAGGAAAUCCUGAAAGCUAACAAAAGAGACAUGGAGAAAGCAGUGGCCUUGGGUCGACUUUCACAGCCACUGUUAAAACGAUUGUCCCUCACUACAGCGAAGUUAAACAGCUUGGCCAUUGGUCUGCGUCAGAUUGCAGCAUCCGCUCAGGACAGUGUGGGCCGGCUGAUCCGGAGAACCAGAGUUGCAAAAGGAUUGGAUCUGGAGCAAAUAACUGUUCCCAUUGGUGUCCUGUUGGUGAUUUUUGAAUCUCGCCCAGACUGUCUCCCUCAGGUUUCUGCACUGGCAAUAGCGAGUGGAAAUGGCCUGUUAUUGAAAGGAGGGAAAGAAGCAACCCACAGCAAUCACAUCCUGCACCAUUUGACCCAGGAAGCGCUUUCUAUACAUGGUGUCAAGGACGCAGUUCAUUUGCAUCACUGGAGCAGGGCCAGGAGGAGGAGGCAGAGGGACCACCUCUCACACCUGAGGGCCCUGAACAUAUUGACUCACCAGCGUCAUACCAUCUCUCCCAGGCAGGCACCAGCGCAGAUACUAGCAUCUCGGUGGGAAUUAGAUCUUUGGCUAGUGUCCCGGGGCACAGCGGUUAGCACACGUGAGGAAGUAGAAGAUCUCUGUAGACUGGACAAACUCAUCGAUCUGAUCAUCCCUCGAGGCUCCUCCCAAUUGGUUCGAGACAUCCAAAAAGCAUCAAAAGGCAUACCGGUCCUCGGGCAUAGUGAGGGGAUUUGCCAUGUGUAUCUGGAUUCCAAUGCUAAUUUAGAAAAGGCCAUCAAGAUCGUCCGAGAUUCCAAAUGUGACUACCCUGCAGCAUGUAACGCUCUGGAGACGCUGUUAGUCCACAGAGAUCUGCUGAGGACGCCCUUUUUUGACCAGAUUAUUGACAUGCUGAGAGUAGAACAGGUUAAAGUUCAUGCUGGGCCCAAGUUUGCAUCAUACCUGACAUUCAGUCCCUCAGAAGUGAAGUCCCUUCGUUUAGAAUACGGGGAUCUGGAGUGUUGUAUUGAAGUUGUAGACAAUGUGCAGGAUGCAAUCAGACACAUACAUAAAUAUGGCAGUUCUCACACCGAUGCAAUUGUUACAGAGAAUGAGGAGACAGCUGAAUACUUCAUGCAGCAUGUUGACAGCGCCUGUGUCUUCUGGAAUGCAAGCACUCGGUUCUCUGAUGGAUAUCGUUUUGGACUUGGUGCAGAAGUUGGAAUUAGUACUGCACGUAUCCAUGCCCGUGGACCAGUGGGAUUGGAAGGAUUGCUGACCACCAAGUGGCUGCUUCGUGGGGAGGGGCAGGCAGUGUGUGACUUUGCAGAGCAAGGCAGCAUGAGCUACAUACACGAAAACUUACCUGUACCGAACAGAACAUAAAAUACUUUAUUGGAGAAGGUAUCACUUCCUGCAAGCAGCUGAUCACCUCUCCAGCAUUUCCCUUUAAAUGCUACCAGCAGACAUUUACCUAUGAGAAUGUCCUGUCACUGUCAGUCAUUGUUUUCCAGCUUUCUUACUAAGGUACAUUUAUAAGCAGAACCUCUGAGUAUCUGUGUUCCUUGUGCAUCAGCUAUGGCUAAGUCUACAUGACCUCCAAUUUUUUGGUUUCAUUGAGAUCCAUUUCUGAGGUUGUUCCUCUGCCUGCUCCCAGCAUCUGUCUCUGAAUACUCCAUUCUGCUACUUGUAAUGGUGUUUACAGCUUAGUUACUUUCUCCUUGAAGUGACAAGUGAACUGAUUAUUGUGCAGUGAGACGGUAUCCAAGACAAGCUUCAUCAAACAGAGAGUCUGUGUGUUAAAAACUAGAGAAUUACACUUCAAACAAAAGCUUGAAGGUGGGAAUUGAAGAAGAAAUACCAAAUGACAUCAAUCAGAUUGCUGUCAACACAAGCACUCCUUCUGAAAUCAUAGUGAAUGGGUCCACGUAUCACACUGAUGUGAUUAAGCAAUUACCUGAAUUUCUGAAGUUGCUUCCAUUAUUCAGUCUGUGGCAACAGUGCUUCCUAUAUAUGAGUCUGUUGUUUCAUUUGAACUGCACUUUACUCCACUGCUGUGAACAGCCUGACCUCAUGAUACUUGGAGAGGUAAGGAAAGGAAACCGUCCGUUCCCAAUCUGGCAAAACACUGGGAAUGUGGGGUUGGUUAGGCACAGAUCUAACACAGGAAUCACAGGAAAUUAAAAUGCAGGUACAGCAAGCAAUUAGGAAAGCAAAUGGUAUGUUUGUCUUUAUUGCAAGCAGUAAGAAUAAGACAGUUGCUGCACUAAUAUAGGGCAUUGUUGAGACCACACCUGGAGCCUUUGCACGGUUUUGGGCUCCAUAGCUAAGAAAGGAUACAUGUGCCUUAGCAACGGAAUGCAACAAAAGUUCACUAGAUUGAUUCCUGGAAUAAGUGGAUUAUUUUACGAACAGAAUAGGCCUAUAUUCUCUGGUGUUUGAGAGGUGAUUUCAUUGAAACUAUAAAAAUAGAGGAAUUGACAGCAUAGAUGCUGAGAAGUUGUUUUCCCUGGUUGGAGAGCCUAGAACUAGCGGGCAUGUUCCCAGGAUAAGGAGGUUAGUCAUUUACAACUGAGAUGAGGAGAUGAUUCUUCACUCAGAAAAUUGGGGCAGGGUUUUACGUCCCAUGGGUGGGUGUGCACACGACCCGAUCAGGUGUAAAAUAGUGAACGAUGACGUCGGGUGUGUCCCAAUAUCAUUGUGCACUUGCACGAUAUUUCGGUCGGCGAACACAGGAGAGUCGGCAGUGCACCUGCCAACAAUUAAGAGGCCUAUUAAGCCCCUUAAUCAAAUAAUUGAAAACAAUUUUUAUCUGCCCAUCCAACCUUAUGGUUGGCAGGCAGACAAAUCGACCAGGCAGCCUUUGGAUUUUUUAUGAAACCUCAUCCAUGGGCGGGAUGAGGUUUCCAACAGUAAUUCUAAAAAAAAUUUUUUAAUUUUAGACAUUUUUAUUAUGUUUCUGCUACUGUUACUGAGUUCUAUGUCAGGACAUGUUUUUAACAAUUUUAAUAUCUUUCUUUUUGAUUGUACAAUUCUUCAGUUUCCUGAGGCUGUUCCCUGCCUUCAGGGAGGUUUCAUUGCGUGCUCACCUGCGCAUGCACAGAGUUUUGCGCUCACCCUCCUCCCCAACACCCCACUCCAGCAGUGCUGAGCUUCUCAGCGUGUCUUUCAUGCUGGCUGGCUGCUAAUUGGCCAGCUGGCAUGAAAUUGCGGCCGCUCCUGGGCCUGCCCUCCGCGCCUGCUCAAUGACUGGAAAAUCCUGCCUUUGGAAUUCUCUAACUCGGAGAUCUGUGGAUGCUCAAUUGUUGAGCACAUUCAAGGCUGAGAUUGAUAGAUUUAUGAUCACUCAGGGAGCUGAGGGCGAUAAGGAAAGGGUUGGAAAGUGGCAUUGAGGCUGAAGACAUUCCAUGAUUGUAUUGAAUGUGGUAGCAGACUUGGAGGGCUGUAUAGGCUAUAUCUUAUGUUAAUAAUGCCAUCCUUGGGGGAAAAGUAACAAAGCUCCCCUGGCCCCCUAUCGAGCUCUAUCUAUCCCACCCCCCUCUACCAGCUUAUAUUUCACCUCAUUUCUCUAUUUCCUUAGUUCUGAUGAAGGGUCAUACAGACUCGAAACGUCAACUGUAUUCCUCUCCGCAGAUGCUGUCAGACCUGCUGAGUUUUUCCAGGUAUUUUUGUUUUUGUUCCCCUGACAAGAGUUUGGUGCAAAGCUCUGAUGAUGCCAUGUCAGAGAGAAACUUACGAAAUGGCCUUAAAAAUGAAUGGCCUGAAAGCUGGACUCGAGAGCAGAUAGAAGUCCUAUAUCAGAAGGAUGGAAAGUAAAUAGUUCUCCAGGGUCAGUAACAUGUGCAUAAUUCAAGUAUCACAGAAGCUCAUGUAUCCGGAAAUAUCAAUUUGGAAAGUCUCGAGCUGGUAUCCUCCAACUUACAGCCUGACUCCCUUAAAUCUGUAAAAAGUUUAUAACUCUUAAGCUUAGGAAGCUUGACCUUUUAUUGUGGGAAGUUGGUGGAAAUUAGAGCCAGGAUUUCCCGGUCGGGGCCCGCGGGCAAGCCAGGAGCCCUGGCAGGCAUUGGAAAAAGCAUGAAACCUCAUCCACGGGCAGGAUGAGGUUUCAUGUAUGUUUAUAAAUUU